AUGGCUCGUCCCCGAGACCUCCACAAAGGUUCUCCCAAAAGAGGCGCAUGGCUCGUCGACGAGGUAUUGCUAGCCGUGCUGCUGGCAUACCUUGGAGCUGGGAUGGUCGUCGAGUGCCUCCAGCCAGUACCAACACAAGACAGCUCAUCCCGUGCUCCUGCCGGCAGUCAAAGUACACCUGGAGGAGCGGGCACCCAGUUCCCGGCUAAUCUUGUCAGGAUGUGCAUAGACUCCCAGACCAAAGAGCCACAAUUUCUGACAGCUGAUCCUGAGUACGGUGUUACCGUAGACACAGACAACGUUCGGAGAAUUUACGGCAUCAUGAGAACUCCUCAGGAGUACCAUGUUGCCUUGUCACGCGGUAUGGCCGACUAUGCUAUGCCCUGGUUGUGUCCCUCCUAA